AUGGGUCGUAGGGGACGAAGAAACUAUGGGAAUCGGCAUAAUAAACCACAAGAACUCGUUUCAGGCACAGACAGUGACGAUUUUUUGGUUACAAGCAAAAGUGUAUACGGUGUUCCUGACCCAAAUAACCCAUUGCUGUGCAGCCUGUGCCAAAAGGAGUGUGGUGCUGCUCUCGCUGCUUCUUGUGGACACCAGUUUUGUAAAACUUGUGUCGAAGAUGCAGUUCUUCCUAUCAGUGCAUGCCCUUUGGACAAUGAAUUUAUACGUGAGAGUCGAAUUGCUGAGUUCGCAUUUCUUGAAAGCCACGACUUCAGUAGUUCUUGUGAAGACAAUGAGAUGGAAAUAUUGCGUUCAAGAGUUGACUCCUUAACUCUAAUCAUCGAUCGCUUAGUUGAACAUUUGGCAAUUCGAGAUAUGAUAAACGCAUGCCAGUUAGCUAAAGGGAAUCGCGGAAAUAACCAGGAAAUAAGAGGUUUUUCAACCAGGCCACAAAUAUCGGACUCAGAAUCCUCUGAUCUUAUUACUGAUGCAUCUAGAAAACAGAUUCAAGUGGAUCAUGAAAGAUUAGCUUUGUCAAAUCUAUCCGUACUGUUUAAAAUGCAUACUAUUAAUGAUGAAAAAAAGGCGUUCCACUUGUAA